AUGGUACUCCCUGUUUGUCGGACAACAUCGCAAAUCCCCUUCUACCUGGUUGCUCGGUCGCGUAGUAGUAACACGGAAGCAAGGAGGAUAAGCGCAUCCGCAAAAACAAGUCAGAACGUCGACUUUUCAGAUGAUAAUCCCGACGACUACCCAGAAAUCGUCUUUGAUAGCAAACGCGAGAGAGAUAGUUGGUCGCCCGACGAGAGCGACGAGAGUGCUGGGAGUCUGAACGAGAACAACGACGACUACCUCGAGGAAGCGCCGAAGAAACGAGUCAGAAUUCGCGUUCCUGUCGUCAGAAAGAACGUCAGACAGCACAAGCUGACCGUCGUCAAACGCAGACCCGUAGCGUCUCGGACCGAAGAACCUCUGCCGAUCGUCGCGAGUCACACGCCGCGAAGAAUCGUCGUGACUCGCGUCAGGACGCUGGGUUUAGCUAGCUCGUUGCGCAACCACGAAUACGAACCUCUCCGACCCGAGACUGGGCGGCACAAGGUGACCAUCACGCGACGUCGAAAGAUAGAAUCGACGCCCGUUUUGCCAACGACCAGCGAGAAGAGACCCAGGAUCACCAAGAAGAAGCUGAUCGCUGUUAGGCCAGUGGAACCGUCGCCGACGUUCGCUAUCAUCACGACUGGUUUCUUCACUGCUCCGUCUAACGAGUACGAGGAGGAAUAUUCGAUGGAAGACGAGGACGAAGAGAAGGUCACCGAGCAGCAAGUCUCCACGACGUUCACGCCCGAAUUAGAAGAAACGCCCAACGUUAUCGAUAGCACGCCCGAGAUCGUGGAAACUACAACUAGAGUAGAGGGGACAGAAUCGGAAGCAUUCGAAGAAAGUACAACGAAAGUAGAGGAGACAGAAUCGAAAGCGUUGGAGGAAACCACCGUAGAUACACCGGUUAUCAUUACCGACCAUUUCUUCUUCCCACCGUCCGAGGACGAAUACGAGGAGUACGACGACGAGUAUACGGAUACGACGACGCUCGAAACUUCCACGGAACCGUCGAACGACGAAGACGUUUCGACGACGACGAAGCCAUCGGAGGUCGAGGAAGACGUCGAGUCGAGCAAAGUCGACGCCAUGACCACGACGCAAAAGUCUGACGUGAUCGAGGAAGAAAAAGCAGCGAUAGACAAACCUGUGCAAGCGACGGAAGAUGCUGGCGUCGAUGAGGCAACAACUGAAGCCGCCAAGUCGUACGAAUCGACAACGUUGAACGAAGUAGACGAUGCAACCGUACAACCAGAAGACCUUGAUACAACGUUGCAAGAAGACGGGUCUACAACCGUUCAACCUGAAGUCGAGGAAGAAGCGGAAGAGAAACACCCAACAACGGUCGAAUCGGUGGAAACAACCCUGCCCGUGGAUGAAACUACAGCGAUAAACAUCCACGAAGAACAACCUGAAACCACCACAUCCAUUGAAAAAGAAACUACAACAACAACCACCGAGAAAGUGGACGCGAGCAGUAGCACCGAAAGCCUCGAAUCGUUCACCGAAUCGACUGAUGAACAAACUGAAAAAGCGAUCGAAGAGGAGGGCGAAGAAGUCGACUCCCCCCUUAUACCAUCGCCAAUAGACCCCGAAGAGACUUCGCUGAAAGAUGCGACUACGCCAAUUGAAAUCGAACUCGAAGUCUCUACGCCAAAAGACACCGAAGACACUCUUCGCAAAGACGACGAAUCCCACGUGUCGACACCUGCGCCAAGCUCCAAGUCAGAAUCCAAGGGUCGCUCGAUGGAUGCCGAAGACCUCGGUAGCCGAAAUGAGACGCCUGAAACCACCGCUAAACCCGAAGAAAAGGAAGAAAACCUCACGGUGCAACCGAUAGAAUCCGCUGUCGAGCACUCGUCGGAAACUUGGUUCGCUUCGUCGUCCUCGUCGGAGGACGUUACACCUGGUAUCACGGGUGUGCUGCCCCUGGAGACGUCCCAUUCAAUGUCACGCGACUCUACCGCCCCUAACUACUUCGACGAUACCGAAAUACCGAGCGUGAUCCCUCUGGGAGUCGAAUACACCUCGUCAGACGCGAGGAGGACCACCGGAGUCCUCGAAGCCACCCCCAACCUCGAGCUGACGAAGGUGACGACGUCCAUCGCGUCCCCGACUCCCGAGGACAUCGAGGCGGGAUUAGCCGACGACCUUUACCUGUCCCUGUCGAGGCCAGACUUCCCCAAGAUUUUACCCACGAGACCGACCACUGUCGACCGCCAGACGAAGCCCGCGCCCGACUUAGAACCGAGCACGAGCGUUUACUAUACGGAGACUGUAGUGACGUCGACGAGAUUGAGGACGUACACGUACGUCGUAACGCAACAGAACGGACUGGAGACGAAAGUGACGUCCUCUACGACCGUCAGACCGAGAGUGACGACUCUUACGUUGACGGUGCCCGUCACGGUGACUGUCACUCCUACCGUGGAGUCGUCAGCAAACUCCGUAUCGUCUGUGUAUAAUCCAGUGCCUGUUGUCGGAGAACACGAAGCGAAAGACGAAGAAGGUCGAAGGUUCAACCUAGCCACUCGCGUAAUGUCGAAUGGAGUUGAGGUGAUCGUGGCGGGACCGACGCCGGCGUUGCGAUGGGAGAAUUCCAUGCCUCAACCUACGCUAACAUUGUCCGAUGCGGUCGUCAUGAUGCUUCCUCAAGAUAAGCCCAAUGAGUUUGUCACGAAGACGUGUACCACCACCUUCACGUAUCUCACCACGAUUACCAAGGACGGGACAACUACUGUUUCGACGGAACAACAGGUCGUAGCGAACACGGCAACGGAGGAACGUCACAGGAAACCAGGUUCGGAAACAGCUGCAGUGACGCUAGAGGCAUCCCCGACGCUGCGCACGGAAGUCUUCAAGACGACCUACACGUACUUAACAUUGAACACGGAUCAUCCGAACGUGAACGACGCAUUGGAAAGUAGCACGAAGGUGAUAACGAACACGGUAACCGCGCCGCAACACUACCUCGACAUGAUUCUGGAACCAUCGGAGGCACCGCGACCGGAAACGAACACGUAUCUAAGUACGAGGAUGCUGGAGAAGACAUUCAUGGAGGGUGGACAAACCAGAAUCGAAACAACGAGCGACACUAUCACUCAGCUUAUAGUAACGGAAUCAGCACCACCGCCUCGACCAACCAGUGUCACGACCACUCUAACAGCGCUGGAUGGUACCGAGGAAAGCAUGACCGACUUGUCAAAGACCUACUACAUCACCUACACGUAUUACAAUACAUACUUGGAGAAAGGAAGCACCGUGGUUCGAACGAACGUCGCGACGUCCACUGACGUCGUCCUGGAGAGAGUGCCUGUUAAAAAAACGGCAUUAGUUAACCCGACUCCGGAGCCUAUUCAAAUCUUUGCGACGAAAACGUACCUUACGACGUUCACGUACUUCACGACGUUGCUUCAGGCUGGAGCAGACGGAGAAACGUCCACCACGGUUUCCUCGCGGUCUCACAUCGUGGAGAACGUCGUGACGGAAUCGAUCGCGCCCAGCUUGCUGGACGCAGGUUACAUGAACGCUUUGCUAACCACGGCGCAUCACUCUGACCCGGUGAAAAACGUCGUAACCGGAUCGACGAUCAUCUUUUUCGACGAGGAGGACCAGAUCGAUCCCACGAUUACCUCCAGCUUCCCAGAAGCGACUUCCACGAGCCAAGUCCACAAAGACGAAGAGAUAUCCGCGAGUCUGGUAACAACCGAGGCAACUUCUGUCGUCAACGAGCCCAAUCAGAAGCCUGUCGGUCAAAUCAGUCAGGAGAAUAGCACCACGGUCUCAGCUUCGGGAGAAGCCAAUCAAGACAAACGACCUCCGAGCCAAAAUGCGGGUGAUCUGCAAGUCAACAACCUUCUGAGCCUAGGCUCGUUGGGAAUCAAUAGUUUAUCGGCGUUGGGCCCGGUAAUUACGGCAAUGGCGGGCCUUCUGCAAGGAAAACCGACGAUAUCGCGCAGAAAUGACACGAUACCUCAAGCGGAGGUCCAGGACGUUACCACGCAAAGGUCGCCGAUUUACAUUCCCGUAGCAGAGUUUGCUGACGGUGACAUAGAGACCGCUGAGAGCCAAAAUAUAGGUGCCCAUCUCGCGAACCUGAACCACAACUACAUCGCGGAAACGCGUCACAAAGUCGCGUCCAGCUUGGCAGACGGCAUCCCGAUCUCUCCAGGCGAAGUAAUCACAGCCAACAGCGACGUGAUUAUCGGUAAACCUGGAAAAAUGGCACCGAGACCGCCUCAAAAGUUCCUGGAAGACGAGGAGCACAUCGGGAUGAAGCCACCUCCGCUGCCAGUCCCCAAUAUUCCAGUUCAUCCUGUUCUCGAAGUCUUGGGGAACGAUCGGGAAGACUCCCAGCCGCAGCAAACGCUCCAGAGCCACAUAGGUCCACAAAUACAGAUAUAUCCCGCGCACCAGGUGUACGAGGAGCACCUGAAAAUCCCUGUUUCGAUGCCCGUCGACGCGAGUCCGACCCUGUUGCCCAAGCAACCUCAGAAAUUGCAUCCAGUUCAAUCGCCCCCGCCGAAGAGGAUGGGAUCCAAGCAGGACGUCCUCGAGAACGAUCCUCUAUUGAAGCCACCGGACAGGCCGAACGUAGAACAGUACGCGAACCCGAAUAAGAAUCCUAGGGAACCAGAAUGGAGUCCUGAGAAGCCCAGGAGACCGUGGAGUUCCAAAGAUCCUCUCAGGCUUGCUCCUCCUCGUUCACACUUUGAUCAAAAAAUUGACUCAGGAAAGCCACCUUCGGAGAAGAAACCCUGGCCCACCGUCCUAUCCGAUGACCAGAAACGUCCUCCAUGGGCCCAGAGAGACCCGUUGGUCCCCGACUCUGCCAUCGUCGUACAGGCUUCGGAAUCUAAACCCACGCCAUCGGAGCCUAUAGUACAUCAGGUGCCACACGUCAUCGAUAGAUCAACAGGUCAACCUUUGUUGGUCAAUAUUCAGCCUAGUCAGGUAGCCAAUGUUGUGAUUCCUCAAGGAGGGACUCAAGCAUUGAUAUUCGGCGAUACCAGCGAACCUCACAUAAGCGGUCAGUACUUCGACGACCCCUCGCCAUAUCCGGAAUCAGAAGUUGGUUUAGGAUUCAUUGGGAUCCAAAGGGUGGAAGAUUUACCCCAAUAUUCCAGUGGAAAAGAUCCAGCAGAUUACAUGGUCCCGCCAUCGCCGCCUCACAACUUCAAGACUCUAUCGGAGAAACCAGGUUCUUCCAACCGACCAGCCACCAUCCCCUUAUCGCCAGGUCGUUUCGAUUACGAAAGACCGCAGGAUAAGUUGGAAGCACCCGUAGGAAGACCCGAGAAGAAACCAUCAGACGUGCAUUUCAUCAGACACUCGGAUAGUUCCGGUGCUCUGGGUGGUCAAGGCCACGUACACACUGAAAUCCUGGUUCACCAUAGACCAGAAUCGGUUAACAUUCGUCCCCAGACCGCGCUGCACUCGCCUAGUCACUCUCACGGGAAUCAUCCCCCAUCUCACGGACAAUUUCCAAAGAUUCCGAAACCUGGAGAAUCGGCUAACCCACCCAGACGAAUCGAGGUGUCCAAUCCGUCCGAUAAUUCUCAUCGAUACAUCUUCCUAGCGAAGCCAGACUCGGGGAACGAGAUUACGUUGAACUCCAAUUGGAAAACGGACAAGAAACCACCUCGACCUCCGAUAAACAACAGGCUGAGACCACGUCCACCGCAGUGGUCGACGACCAGUCGUCCUCUCGACAGACCGAUCUACGUCGAACGACCAAACAUGAGGAAGCCUAUAUACGGUGGCCCCCAAAGGUUCCCUCCGCAGGGCACGAACACGUUUGUGCUUCCUCAUCGUCCGAUUCAACACGAGCCUUCGAGGAUGACCACUCCAACGCCCAACGAUGGUGCCAGAGAACCUACGACCGAGAGGCAUCCUCCAUUCGGGCAUCAUACUCAGCAAAUGGAGCUUCCAGACAGACCAACUCAUUUCUACCACGAAAACAGGAGACCUCCGAGCGCUUCGCAGGAAAGACCUCAAACGGAGCGUACCGGGGAACACGUGCCAACUGGAGCUAUAGAGUAUCACAAUCCCUCCAAUCCUAAAACGAAGCCUGAAGACCCAAGACCAACAACGACGAACGGACAGAAUGAGAACAUCAGGCAGAAUCCUUCCCACCACGAAGAAAUGCCAGAAACCUGGUACACCAGCGAGCAAACUGAGAAGACGAUAGACUCCGAAAUUGGUGCCUCGGAGUAUGUCAAGUUUCACAGUCACGUCAAGGAAAGUCAAGAGCAUGAGAAACCGAUGGGUGACCGGAACACUAAUGCAACAUUAAAUGAAAACGCAGUUCCUGGUAAUAUAGUGAUCGGAAAGCCAGCGAGGCCCGAUCAAUCCCAAGAUCAAAAGGAGAAACCUGUCUGGCUGCAUCCAGGUGUACCAUUUGGCCACAAAAAUGAAGGUGCAUCGAACCAAGGAGUAUCUUACGGAGGAGGUUAUUAUACUAAACCACACGAUAUGACAGUUGUUCAGGGCAAACCGUUCGGGGUGUACAAUGGACACGAAGAUGCGUCAUCUUACGGUCCCAAAAGGAAAGAAAACAGGCCUGACUACGAUAGAGUGCAAGGUAUACCUACCAUGUACUACGGUAGCAAGAAGCCAUCGUUGAACGACAAGCAUCAGCAGGAGGGACACAUGCCUGCGGCACACACUCACGAACGUGACGACACCAUUGAUCUGAGACCUCCAGCGAUCAUUCCGCAAUUCGUACCAGAAGCAGACAAACCUGGCAGACCGUAUGCUAGGCCACCUACGGUGAACAAGGUCGAAACCAGGCCUGCGUUGUACCCCAGGCCAGAGAUUACGUCCCAUUCGACAGAAACGAGACCAGAUCAGGUGAAACAGUCCAACGAAGGCAAGCCAGGAAUACUGGAAACCUUUGCAAACAACAGCCUGAAUCACGAAACAAAAACAAAUCAAAGUCACCUGCAUCUGGGAGGAUUCGUAGAUCUAAAUUGGGAAGGUGGCGUGAAACUUACCGAUCAACGUUACGACGAAGCUAGGCCAGUUGCGCACAAGCCUCAGACGAACGAGAGCGAAAUCGUAAGAAACCGUUUCAGGAACAAUACGUACCUUCAGACGAACACUGAAACCGUGAAUUCCGGAUUCAAGAAUAACCGUCCUAAAGUGACGCAUUUGGAACACGGUUCGGGAACAAGGAUCCACCCCGAGUAUCCUCACAUCGUCACUAAACCAAAACCCCAAGUGCCAGGACCGAUAACCAUUUCGACCGGCAAUUCCAAGCCAGAUACUCGACCAGACAUAAGGUUCUCCAUGCCUGUCGAGGCGAUAGGCGAAGAAGUCGACAGCAAGACUCAAACUGAACGGCCACCGAGCAUGCUGAUUCCAACGAGCAAUUCCUCCGACAAGAAGCAGAACGAGGAGUCUCUCGAAACGGCUUAUCAGACCAAUUUUGCCGUGGCAGGUGGAGCUGCAGGUGAUUCGAUGCAACACGACUCUAACAACAGGAUACGUCCUAUCGAAGCGUCUAGCGGAGUGAUUGUGCCAUCCAGAGACAUGAGACCUCCGCCCUUGAGACCUGUAGUGGGACUCAAUCAAUCGAAUAAAAAGGAAGAGGAAGACUUGAAACCUCCGCCGAUCCCUUCGCGUGAUGUUCUAGGCCUGUCACCGCCACCAGUCGAUAUCACUACCACCAACAGACCGAUGGACGACCUAUUUUCAUUCGCGACUGCGAACGAAUCUGGUUUAAAGCCCCCUCCCAAGUAUAUUCCUCUGAAGGAGUCCUCCGUCGCGCCCCUGCCCAGCGUCACCAUGGUUCCCCCGAGUCCAAGACCCUCUCUCGCCAGGCCUUUCAUAGUGGAACUACUUUCUCAGGACAUGGUACCACCGCCUCCAGCAACGCAAACCACCAGACCUCUGGAAAUUGCUACCGUACGGCCAGCAGUUGCAGUCUCUGGAUCGAUUCAGAUCGCCACUGCAGUGGCCAGUUCUCACAUACCCGUCAUCCACGAUGUCGAGUCGAAGAUUCCAAUUAUACACGGUACCGUUGAUCUUCCAGUCGUCGUGGACGUGCCCGACAUCCUCAGGCCAAUGGAGACGAGGAUGACGGAGCACGUUAGCAUCUACACCGUUCGACCGUUCGAUACGAGACCUGUGUCCAGAGUAUCGGUUCAACCGACAGCGACGUUGACGUCUAACGCAGUGGUCCCGACGAAGCUGCGACCACUGCAAGUAGACCACAUUCAACCCAGCAGGUCGUCGUCCACGAGCCGUGACGUCGAGCCAACGAGGUCGCACACCUUCGAGAUACCUCGAAAUCCUGUCAAGCGUCCGGAGCAUCCGGUGUUCUUGGAAUCCAGCUACGAGAACGGCCACGUCUCGCCAUCUACGAGACCGGAGCCCACCGAAACUCUGACUCUCGUAACUACCACGAGUCAGAAGAAAGAGCAUCGACCCACCAUGAAGAAGGACGAGACCACGAAGGUAGUCGUUCCUCAGGCGACGGAACGCAAGCGGAAGAACGAGACGACCGCGGAGACAUUGCCUAGCUCUGUCACCAGGGUGGACAGUUCCGUAACGAAGGUGACGAGUACGUUGUUGGAGAACAACGACAAGAGGAACGAGACGACUAUCGAAAUGACGAAGAACACGUCUGGAAUGACGCGGAAACCUGCUAAGGAGUCGACUACGACUGCGCACGCGAAACCCAAAGAGGUCACGCGAUUCCGGACGUCUACCGUAACCAGGACGGAAACGUCAGUGUUAGGAUCUCCUCCCACGACGAGAACCCUCCUCCUCACUCACACAAUGACAUCUACGACUGUGGAGACGGUGACGGAGACCUUGGUACGUCCGACGAGCGUGGUCGCCACGGUAACGUCAACGAUUCUGCAAUCGGUGGUGACCAGGGUACCCUCGUCGUUCGAGAACGUAGUUGACAACGACUCCAUCUUCGUGGUACUGAGUGACCAAAAGCCACCAGAGCCUGGGGCUGAAGAGGUGGAGGCUGAAUACGGCGACAUUUCGCGAGACGAGCAAGAUCCAAUUGGUAACGAAAUUCAUAGAGUCCUGGCUGGUGGAGUUCUAGGAGCACCGGUAGUGUCCAUCCAACCUAUCGUCGAUCAAUGCACACCCGAGUGCAAAGCUUCCAGGGCGGAAAUAUGCUCCGAAGUUGGAAGCGAAAAGAGAUGCGUGUGUCGUCCAGGUUUCGCGAGGAUGUUCCCCGAUCGACCUUGCAAACCAACGUACACCUACACCCUGCGAGUCGGUUUGGAUCGCAUCGGAAACGAACCCAUCAAGUACGAAGCCAGCAUGAACGAUUCUACAUCCACCGUGUACAGAAGAUUGCUGGGUCCAACCAAGGACGCCUUGGACAGAACCCUGAUGCAGAGCGAUCUGAGGGAUAUCUACAGAGGUCUCAACGUGGCUCGUUUCAUGUCCGACCCAACGAAAGUAGAGUUCCACGUUCAACUCAGCGACAAUGCCAACGAGACGCGAUUGAAGGAAGUCCUCAGGAAGUAUCUGGUAGGAAGUAAUUACAGCUUGGGAGGCACCGAAGUGUACUCCUCGAAGAACCUCGACACGAUCGAGGCAAUCGACUUCGACGAGUGCACGACCGAGGAAGGAGGACCUUAUCACGAUUGCUCGCCGAACGCAGCCUGCUUCAAUCUGCGAGGUUCUUAUCAAUGUUCCUGCAAGGAAGGUUGGGCGGAUCUGUCCGAGAAUCCGUCGUAUCCUGGAAGGUUCUGCUCUCAGGCGCCGCUGGGCUGCCCCAGCUGCAACAACAAGGGACACUGUGUAACGAACACCAACGGUCACGAAGUCUGCGAGUGUUUCCCUUGGCACAGUGGCCAGCGGUGCCAAGUUAACCUUAAAGUGCUGCUGAUUGCUCUGGUUACGACCGGAGCGAUACUGCUGGGUCUUCUGGCGGUGUGCGUGGGCAUGGCGUGCUUCCGUCGGCCCAUUCGGAGGCGACAGGCAGGCGACAGAAGGGCCAUGAUUCCUGGAACUGGUGGAGACACCAGCAGCGAGGGUAGCGUCACGGAUCUGGCGAUUCCUCAUCACGUGCCACACGUUUUACCGCCCCCGCCGCAGAUGAUAGCGCCCCUGCCGCCGACUAAACGACCAGCUCGCAAGAUCACCGGGAAACCUAGGCACCCGGCGAGGAAAGCCACCAUGGUACCCGCUUCAGUGCCAGUGAACGACGAACAACGCGAUCGUUCGUUGACAGUGAUGAUCCCACGCGCCAAAUAUCGAUCGGCGCCUCAAUCGCCGCAGAAUUUCAAGUCCGGCAUAAGCACGUUUUCGACGGAGGAGCACAAGCUGCUCAGUUACCUCGACAACGGCACGCACGUCGCCGGAAACAGAAAGCAAAGCAUAUCCAGCACGAAGGACUGCAAGGAAACCGACGUGCAGGUCAUCAGAACGCAGACCACGCCGACAGGUGCCCUCGUUAGCGCAGGUUUCCAGGUGUCGGCGACAGUGACGCGAACAAUGGACGCCGAUUCGACGUUGGCUCGUUCCUGUGGCGAGACCACGGUGGAAACGGCGACGAAAGUUUUGCGAACCGGAGACCUUCAAGGCGAUCUCUGCUCGACGCUGGCGCGUUCCUGCGGGGAAACGACCAUCCAAGCGCCGACGAAGCUGCUGAGACUCGAUCUAGGCGACGUAGGUUCCACAUUGGCCAGGUCCUGCGGGGAAACGACGAUUCAGGCGCCGACGAAGGUCGCCGACACUCGAAGGAAUAGCGUUAAGGACACCAGAGACAACAGAGACACCAGAGACAGUGCCAGCGAGGGGCACACAAUGGCCGAGAGGGAUCUUGGGAGCACGCUGAGACUUCCGGCGCAGCAUCCGCCGCUUUAUAGCCCGGACAGGACCAGCGAUCGAGAAUCCAACUUCGAUUCCCUCUAAAAACCGAAGAUCCUAGACGUAGGGCAACCGAUCGACGGAGGCUCGUGGACGAAACCGCUGGACGGUAGUCUCCGCUGGUUCGCGAACCGUUCAAAUUGAAAUUCCUCGUUGCCAAAUGAAAGGAGAGACAAAAUUUCGCUAAUCGAUGCGCUCGAAUCGACCAACAACCCGAACAAGCGCGAAAUUACAGCUAUCCUGAACAUUGUCGAUGGACGCAUCGUGACGAAGAAAAAUGAGAAUCGGCAACGUAAAACGUUUCUGUUUGGGAAGUUUUAACGUCUAUUUUUUUUUAUUAAAUUAAAAGUAAUAUUUAUUCGAAGGAAAGCCUCUCGAGGCUGUAAGUUUUCGAGAAACGGAAAAAAAGAAACGAAAUCGCGGGAAGCGCUUUCCUAUAUUUAUUUAUGCUCGCUCGACAUUUAGAUACCUGCGUGGACGUUUCAGUCGUGCGAAAGCGUUCUCUUUACCAUCGGCGGGAUUCUAAUCGAGUUCGAUGGAACGUGAAAGAAGCUCGGAUCCUCAAAGAGACGCGCGCGUUAUUAUUACCCCCGUGCCAAAAUACAACCAAUGAAAGGGAAGGCUCCUCGAAGAAGCUGCUUCUCGCCUUUCCGACUAUCGUUAUCGCGUUUCUUCGAUACGGUCGCGAUGGACCCGAAACGUUGUUCAGAAGUUUCGUUACCAUCGAGAGACGUGGACCCUAGAGACUUGAGUGUAAUUAAUAUUUAUUGAUAACGGUACCAUUGAAUUUAACGACUAAAGAUCGAUCUUAUCGCUCGCCAACAUCUCGAACAUAUUUCGAUAUUUAAAACACGGCGUUCCUUGGAAACCUGUUUGGGAAACAAAGAACCUCUGGUUGUUUACAGCGGUAUGCUAUAAAAUUGAAUUCAACGGCUACUCUCUCAGCGCGUACGCGAAUUUUGGACAAUCGUUUCACGGGCCUGACUGCACAGCACGCGAAUCGAGGCGUGUCUUAACACAGUGUCAUAAAGUCGUGAACGGCGCCGAUCGUCACGGAUUCAACGAUCGCGAAGGCAGACAUUAUUAUUAUUGUUGUUGUUGUUUGUUUGUUUAGUCUAUUCUCUGACGAGUCUCGUCAUGUUGCCCGGCUUCGUCCAAAAAAUUCGAGCGAUCCUCCGGGACAAAACGGUACCUAAGAGUGUGUCUUUUCUCGAUGCACGGAUUAGAAGGUAUUCUAUCAAACAUAAGAUUCGAGUUCAAAGUCGGUAGACGGAUCAAUUUGAUACUGGAACGAGACGAAGCCGCGGCAACGUCGCUGUAUCAGACUCGAGAAAGAGCGAGCAGGACGUGUUGCAUAACGCACGCACGUAACUUUUACUAGCUCAAUAGGUAGCGUAAGCGAAUGCAUUGCGGAGGACAGAUGAAUCAUUAACGAUGUUACUCUAAUAUUUUUUCCUUGUAAAGCCACGUUUAACCAAAACAGCAUCCGAGACUGUCUCGGACGAGAAGAGAAACGAAGGCGACGAUGCUCGUACCUUGUAUCGCAAUUACUAACUUGUCCUUUCUACGUCCAAAUGAAUUGUUCUUUAUACAUACAUAUACAUAUACGCAUAGACAUUAAUUUUAUACAUACAUAUAUAUAUAUAUAUAAUAUACAUAUAAAUAAAUUCUGUUGUACAUAUUGCCUUCUCGAGAACCUCUUCUACUUGAUGCUAUUGUAAUUUUGUAUACUUAGAACUUGUAUACUUAUGCGUAAUUUUAAUAAAAAUGAA